AUGGCAGGCUCUGGUGAGCGCAAGGGCAAGAAGGAUGACAAUGGCAUCGGCACGGCCAUUGAUUUUGUGCUCUCCAACGCCCGGCUGGUGCUGGGGGUGGGCGGGGCGGCCGUGCUGGGCAUUGCCACACUGGCGGUUAAGCGGAUGUACGAUCGGGCCAUCAGUGCCCCUACCAGCCCCACCCGCCUGAGCCAUUCAGGGAAAAGGAGCUGGGAAGAACCGAACUGGAUGGGCUCCCCCCGGUUACUGAAUAAGGACAUGAAGACAGGCCUGAGCCGGUCCCUGCAGACCCUUCCCACAGACUCCUCAGCCUUUGACACGGAUACAUUCUGCCCGCCCCGGCCCAAGCCAUUGGCCAGGAAGGGCCAGGUAGACUUGAAGAAGUCACGACUCCGCAUGUCCCUGCAGGAGAAACUUCUCACUUACUACUGGAACCGGGCAGCCAUCCCUGCUGGCGAGCAGGCUCGGGCCAAGCAAGCUGCUGUGGACAUAUGUGCCGAGCUUCGGAGCUUUCUGCGGGCCAAGUUGCCUGACAUGCCACUUCGGGACAUGUACCUGAGUGGCAGCCUCUAUGAUGACCUGCAGGUGGUGACAGCAGACCACAUCCAACUCAUCGUGCCCCUCGUGCUGGAGCAGAACCUGUGGUCGUGUAUCCCUGGUGAGGACACCAUCAUGAACAUCCCUGGCUUCUACCUGGUUCGUCGUGAGAAUCCAGAGUAUUUUCCUCGGGGUAGCAGUUACUGGGACCGCUGUGUAGUAGGGGGCUACCUCUCCCCAAAGACAGUGGCAGACACAUUUGAGAAGGUGGUGGCUGGCUCCAUCAAUUGGCCAGCCAUAGGGUCCCUCUUGGACUAUGUGAUCCGACCAGCACCACCCCCAGAAGCCCUGACUUUGGAAGUGCAGUAUGAGUGUGACAAGCAUCUUGUCAUUGACUUCCUGCCAUCAGUGACCCUUGGCGACACCGUCUUGGUAGCCAGACCACACCGGCUGGCACAGUAUGACAACCUAUGGCGGCUGAGCCUGCGUCCCGCAGAGACGGCCCGCCUGCGGGCUUUGGACCAGGCCGACUCGGGCUGCCGAUCUCUGUGCCUCAAGAUCCUCAAGGCCGUAUGCAAGUCCACUCCGGCUCUGGGCCACCUCACUGCCAGCCAGCUCACUAACGUCAUCCUCCACUUGGCCCAGGAGGAGGCUGACUGGUCUCCAGAUAUGCUGGCCGACCGAUUCCUACAGGCCCUGAGGGGACUCAUCAGCUACUUGGAGGCCGGAGUCCUGCCCAGUGCCCUAAACCCCAAGGUGAACUUAUUUGCAGAGCUCACUCCUGAAGAAAUAGAUGAGCUGGGAUAUACUCUCUAUUGCUCGCUGUCUGAGCCGGAGGUGCUGCUGCACACGUAGGGCGGGUGAAGGCGGUCACGCCCUGGCUGCCCCGUUGGCAACACGGGGCUGCGUAGUUGGUGCCUCACGGGGUUCCUAGGUGCCUCCUCUCUUGCUGGUCAUCGCCCCGAUCACUUCAUGCUCAUCAGAAUGCCAUCUCCUUGUCUCCUAUUUUCUCACCCAGCCCUUUCUGUUUCUGUUACCAAACACUGUGCUCCUACUCCUCCCCUCCCCCUUGCUCCAGGCUCAUUUUUCUGGAAUGAAUUGAGAAGGUGGAGCGCUGGCCUGAGCUGGUGUUUUGCACUGUGGCCCAGGUUUUCUGUCCCUGUCUGUCCUGCCCUUUUGCCUGUUUCUUUCCAGUGUCUUCUCUGUCUGUUCCUCUUGUUCACACCUUCUGUUUUGCUCUUUACCCUGGAGCGUAUCUGCCUAGUCAAGAUGUUGCCUUUUCCUUGAAUGUCACUGGAGAGUUAUGUUUGCACGUUUCCAAGCUGAGCUCUGCAGAGAGUGCUCAGACAGUAUUUAGAGUUUCUGGGAGUAAAGCUGGUGGAAGAGCUGGCCUUUGACCCAGGUUCCUGGAGAAGAAGCCCAUUUCCCCCGCCUCCUGACCUCCAAUUCCUAAGUGCUGAGAAGGUCUCAUGGGAACACUGUUAUUGACCCACACAGGAGGGAGGCUCAAUAUAAACUGGAUGAGAUUGCUUGGAGAUUGUGUUCUUUGGUGGCCACCAGAGACACUGCAGUGGGGGAGCCGGCAGUGGUGAAGAGGGCCUAGGGAAGGGUGUGUGUGCCCAAUGGCUGAGCCUCAGCCUUGGCUGGUCCAGAUCAGCGCUGCUGUGUGAGCAGCUGGGGGAAGACGGGGAGGGAGGGGGCUGUUGUUCAGCCCCUUCCUUGCCUUAUUGCCAAUUAGGACGAAGCCUUCAAGGACACAGUGUUUGUGGUAGAGGUUGAAGGGAGGUUGACAGGCAGCAAACACCAGCUGAAAAAUCCAGUCACCGGUUGAGGCUUGGCGACCGUGUUUCUUCCCCAUGAAGCCCUGCCUUUCCAGGACGUUGCCUGAGCGCGGGAACAGGCCCACAGCCAGCCUUUCAUUCCCCAGCGUCUGCCAUAGGAACAUGAGGGGGUGUUUGCUGAACUCUCCAGGCCCUGCCAGAGGCCAGAGGGCAAGCAGACCUGCACUGACCUCUUUCCCGUCCUGUCUCACCCCGCACCUGGGGAGACUGGUGCUACCCAGGAAAAGCGCGCAUGGAUAGGAGAGGGAUGCGGGUCUUCCUGUGCUCCCUCUGGUUUCCUGCUGCUAAAACUGCACUGCGUGUUGCAACGACAAAGGUAUCCUGGCGGCGGGGAGGAGGGUCUCACACACGUCGUCAGUGCAGCUGCUUGUUUUGUGCUUUCUUCCUGUUCGUGGCAAGAAGCCAAUAAUAAUUCUGUUUCUGAUCUGCCAGUAUUUUUUUCUCCCAUCAAGUUUUAUUUUUUCUCUUCUUACUACCUCUCCAUCAGUGAGAUUCUGGUGAAGCUCCCGCAGCUGUCUCAUUCCUUCCCAAUGACAGCAGCAUGAAAUGACUCUUUAAAUAGCAUUGAAACCUCAGCUGUGCUUUGAAUUUAGGGUAGAGAUUCCUGUACCCUUUUUGUCAUGGAUUAGGAGGUUGUGAACUAGGGUUAACCUUGGCUAUAUUUGGAAAAUUUUCCUGCUUCUCUCAUAGAUCUGCAAAGGUUCCUUAAAGUGGUUCAGUUGCCAUAUGUAUGAAGCCACUGAGAGAAUGAAAAAUAUAAAGCCCAGAACCCCGAGAGAGAUCCUCCAUCCUGGCUGUUCAUCAGAAUCAGAUUAGAGUUUAAAGAAAUGCUCUGUGCCUGAGUGCUACCCUAGGUGACUGGCAGAGAGGGUACGGGGCAGGACCUGGCAUCGAACGUUCCUGUGCACCUGUCUGGUAUCCAUUAGAGGGAAGGAAGAGGGGAGGUUGCAAAAGCAUGGGUUAGGCUUCGUUGAGAUAAAGGAUUUGGUUUUCCUAAUGUAUUAGAGGACCUAGUUUUCCCAAGCUGGCAUCUCUGACCAAAUUCCAUAUUAAAACAUUGGAAGGAGAGCUGGAAAAAACAAGCGGUUUUAAAGACGAAGUCCCCAAUUAUCAAAGCCAGGUGUAAUUGUGAUUUGAUUUUAUGUCCUUUCUUAAAAGAGCAUCUUUCUAAGGGCAUCUCUGUCUCUUAACUAUGUUUUUCACAAAACCAAAAACCGUAACUUUCCCAUUUCACAAGCAAGAACCACCCGGAAGUCCUCAGAACUAGAAGCAGUGGGAGUUCUUGGCCCUCGUCCUGGUGGGUUUGCUGACUGAGGCUGGGCCAGCCUUGUAAAACAUGGAAGAUAGUCUAGUGCUUGGAGGUUCUUGGAUGGAAGAGGACAACGCUCUGCCCCAACCCCCACCCCCCACUCCGCCCCCCCCUCCGUCCAAUUUUUUUAAUCUUUGGGGAAGGAUGUUUUGCCUCUCCCUGCCAUUCUGCCUUUCUACUCAGUAACUCCCACCUUUGCCUGAAGUUUUUCGCACCGUCUAGGUUAGCAAACCAUGAGUUAGCCUAAUGCUUAAAAAAUAUACUCUUUACCUUGAAAGCCUAAUCAAUUCCAAAGCGUAUUUGGGUUUUUUCCCUGUUGGCCCGUCCUAAAAAAUGAGUUCAGGAUAACAGUAUUUUAUAUGCUUGGUUGUGACUUUUUUUUUUCCUCAAAUAAAUAAUCAAAAACUAA